AUGCGCGUGCCGCAACCAACAGCAACUCGGUACUCGCCAGCCAUAGAUCCCGCAUAUGAUGACUUCGCCGAUAGCGAUGACGACAGUGUCCUGAGCUUCCCCUCCUCGUAUGACCCAGCAGGACCCUCCAAUAACCGUUCUUCUCGCCUGAGUAACGCUGUUUCUGCCAAGGGCAAGCUCCCCAAAGGUAAAAUGGAGUCUGUCGAAACUCCGAACUCACCAGUUAUGAACGCUGCAUUCGGCUUCACCGAUUCCGAUGACGACAGCGUCUCGGGCCUCCCUGCAUUGAUCGAGUUCGGGGGCCCCUCCACUCAGUUCUCGCCAAUCCCCUUCAAGUCUAUAUUCGCCAAGGGCGGCAGUCUCACCGACGAAAUGAAGCGUGUGGACAAAGCGAUUCAUAUCGCAGGCCUCGGAGAUCCUGCAAAGAACUGGACUUCCUCACCAGGUUUUGACGAACGUCUGGAACGGUUCCAAGUACUUUCUAAGAGUCCCUGCGAAGCGGAGUUUGACAAGCAGCGUAGGGGCGACAUCAAGGGAGCAUGCGACAACAGCAAGACCACUGAAAAGUCGAUUUCUUCUAAGAAACAGGAUGGAGCUUCAGUCAAGAAGGGAACUUCAACCAAGAAGAAGUGGUCUACUGUCAAGCUUGUUCCAUCUGUUACCUUGGGCUUACCAGUCACGCACACCGAAGAGUCCGCUACGACUGCUCCUUCGGCAGAUGCCAACGCGACGCCCAAAUCCAAAUGGACAUGGGUCGAUGGCAAGGGCGCCAUGAUGUCUUGGGUACCCGAUCGAGUCCUUGCUCCCGCCGAUCAUGUCCCGCUCAACACUGACAGUCACGCGCAUUCCCAUCGCCAGUAUCCUACUCCUACUACGCAGGAACUGUGCGAGAUGUCGGAACCUGUUUCUUUCGACGAGUUCCAACGUCGGGCUUCUGGAUCUCAGUUCUCUCGAGGUAAACAUGAGCAUGAAGACAUAUACUACCGUCCUAAAUGCAUAGGUGGUUGGAACGGCUGUGAUGGGCAUCCGAAAUGUACCUGUAUGGGCUCUGGACCUACUACCGGAUACGACUUCACCGAUGAAACCCCGAACCCUGGUCAUGCAGAGAAGCCUCGCAAAAUCUUCUACAACACCGGUUUGCACCCAGAGGAUCUUGUCAACCUCCAAGCGUCGCGGAAGAUCGAUUACUUCCUGGAGUUCACCAAUAAUGAGCUCAUCUGCAAGGAAGCCUCUCUAUUCCUCCGCAUGUGCGGUGCGAAUGUCAAGGUCGCUGUUACCAUGUAUCACAACUUCGGUGGACUUGAGUCUGCCAAGCGGGUGUUGGCAGCCUGGUCCUCUGUUCCGGGUAAUGAAAAAGUAGUCAAGGGUCCCAAGUUACGUGACUAUCCUUUUUUCGAGAGCCGGCUUGAUACAUCAUCUUCCGACGAUGACUACAGCACUGUUCCCGACCUUGAGUCCAUUACACACAAGAGCCCUGUCGAUGACGACCGCCAUGAUGCUGUCAAGAGCCCCGAGCCCAAGGCCCCAGUCUUGUCAACCUACACUGUCACCUAUUGGGCCACCAUCGAAUCUGGCGAUGAAUCAGCCCAUAUUCCCAUCGAGAGCAACAACGUUACCGGCGCAGAGAAGGCCAUUAUCGAGGGUAACAACGGCAUGAAGAAGGUUUGGAAGUGGGUACAUGAGAAGGGAUUCAUCGGCAAAGUUGGUCUCCAGGAUGCUUUUGAUCUGGCGCAGGAUAUGCAUGGCCGUGAUGAACCUGCGCAGGUCUUUGACAAGGAUGAACUCAUGAAGUUUUCCGACGAAGACUUUUACGCGAAGUUCUCUGGCGUCGAGGAUCAUGGAUAUUUCAAAAAGGCUAAGAGCAGGUGCGGUAGUGAGCGGGAUGGGUGGGGUGAGCCGCAUGAGCAGGGAACGUGUUCCAAUAUUCCGUGGCCCUUUGUUCCGCCGCGCAGUCGGUCUUCUGUUUCGUCGCGUAGUUGGUCUCCCCCGUCGCCGGAAAGGUGUCCCAUUCCCAAGAAGUGCUCGGUUCCCAAGAAGAGCCCGGUUCCCUGGGAGGGACCCUGGGAGACUCACUGGGCGACUCCGGUUCCCAGCGAACCGACUCUCUCGGGAUGGGAUGUUAGAACUGGAAACUUCGCUGCUUACUAG